AUGACCCCAACCAUUGUACAAUUUACGCCUCUUCCGUCGCUAACACAUCCUUCCUUUUGGCACAAACUGACCGAACAUAAGCUGGAUGUACUCAAGCUCAGCGACGCUGGUGUCGAUAUCACUGCAACUUACCGCGUUGGUAGGCUGAUUGAAGAUCGCGAAGGUGGUCCCGGUGCAUUUGUUGGUGUUGGAGGGAGUCUUGGAGUUGAGGAAGAGAGCUUUGGUCAAGGGCAUUCGUCUCCUGCAAUAGGCUCAGCAGUUGCGAAAGGUGUCGUAAAGAACUAUAACACUAUUGAGGAUUUCAAGGCUGCGGACAAGUCGAAAUUAUUCAACGAAGCAGCGGACAAGGUACUUCCGAUGUGUUUUUCCAAUACCAGAUGCUCGAAUUAUCCAUCAGAUCUGGACAUCGAUCCAAACAGCGCGUUCUACUACACUGCUUAA